CAUGAGGCUCUUGUAGGGCUGGGUUAGCGUUGCAGUAGCUCGGCCCGCUUUUGUAUAGAGCCAGACUUAGCCCUAAGUUCAUCAGGACGCAUUGGGGACGAGUUGUUGGCGUUCUCCGUACUCUUUUGCGGCCCAUGGCGACGGUUGUCAAGAUCUUAGAAGUGUUCCUUCUUCUCUUGAUAUCAACUCACUGUCGUGACUGCUUCAACAGCGCUCACAACAACGCCACCGUGCCCUAUAUAACCCCCCGUUUCGCUCGUCCUCUUCCUCUUCUUCUUUUUUCCCCUCUUCACACCACAUGGUUGUUUCGAUUGCUAGUACCGUGCCUUAGCCCACGCUGCGUUUUAUCGUUCCCAUCUUGGUGUUUACCUUUUUUUUUCUCCCUUCCGUUUCGUUUUUGCCAGUUCCGAUGUCUCGACUCCGAACUGGUCGUCUUCCCCAGUUAGAUCCGCUUCCAGUCGUUGCGCGUCUCAAGACACAACCCGUCUCUCGUUUAUCUUUUCAACCCCGUGUCUCGACCCGCGCCAACCCCGGACCUACUGCCCGCUCUUUUUCGGCGUCCCGGCCUAUCCGGGACAACAUUCGUUCUUUUGAGUCGUCACGCCUUGGCUCUCGACUCCCAGUCAGAUCCCCAAGUCCAACUCAACCACCUUCUUUUGAACGACCAACUCAAAUUCCUUCUUUUCGACGUCACGCCAUCAUCGAGGAAAGGCGCGUGGCCCGACAGAACCGGCCUAGACCUUGGGCUACUGAGAGGUCUACUCAGCCAUCCCGGUUGCACCUGUCGUCCCGCAACCCUGCCCCCUCGACGAACCCGACAAUCCCUACCAACAAGAAGUUGUCCGCGCGAGUUGGCAACGUUCGAGCUAAGCCCGAGACUUCGGUCAACGGCGGACGUGAGAACAAGCCAGUCAAACGCGUCCACUUCGGGGAGACUACCGUCAUCCCAGUCACUCGUUGGAUUGAUCAGGCCAUCGACGUUCACACCCCUCCUAGACUUAGGAAAAUGAGAUACUUACAGGCGAAAGAAGAAGCCCUUGCCGCCCAGGAGAGAUACCUGGCCGCCAAACGCGCUGCCGGCCGCACAACCCGGCAAGUCAAAAAUGCUCGAGCUAAGCCCUCGGCUCCGGCCAAGAGUGAACGCAAGAGCAAACCGACAAAAUCCGUUCGUUUUGGAGAGACCACCGUUGUCUCAGUCCCUCGUUGGAUCGAUCGCCGUAAGCACAUCUAUCCCGCCCCCAUUUCCGCCAUGGGAACCCUUCAGGGUUGGUCAGUCACUCCUUUGACGAAGCCCGAUGAGGAUGGUGAAGAGGAGAAGUAUACCACGUACUGGGGUUCCGAUUCGUACACUGGUAUCUCCGAUCACAUCUCUCAACCCUGCAACCGACAAGACUGUGCCUGGAACGCCCUGGCUUGCCUCCAGGCUAGGCACCCCGACUGGACCCCUCCGGAGGUCUUCAGGUGUUGGCUUCACAAGAGAGAGUCCGUCCGGAAGAAGGGUGUGUUUAUGCUUUGAGCAUAGUCGACACACGCCUUUUUCUUCACUUUCGUUAACCGCUCUCGCCACAUUCAUUUUGUAUCCCACUGACCCAGACAUUCUUUGUAUACCCCUUCCUCCCUCACACCCUUGUGGUGGAUAACUGAACUUCUCUCCCCCCCUCCACUCGUUUCGAUAUCCGCUUAUCCCCUUCCACUCAUUUGUUUUUCUUUUUUCUUUUUUCUUUUUCUUU